CCCCGUUUUUCUCCGGUGUGUGUGGCUCACCCAAGCACCGAGAUUGAAGCGGAACAGCAGAGACUCUCUCCCACAAUGAGAGGGAGAAGAGGAAGGCCGCCCAAACAAGCAGCCGUGAUGCGGGAAGGUUCACCCGGGCCAGUCCGCGGCUCUCGGGGCGGCAGGAGCAGAGGGAUGCGUGGACGGGGAAGAGGCAGAGGACGGGCUCGGGGACGGGGUGUGAGUGCUGGCGUUUGCGCCACUGGCUCUCUGGAGGUGGAUACAGAAAUCUCCGGCCGAGAGAACUUUCAUUCGUCUCGGGGCCGCAGGAAAGUUGGAUCCUCCACCACCGCGGCUGCCGCGGCAUCGCGGGGCAGAGGAGGUAGAGGCAGAGGCAGGGGGUCGAGAGGCGGCCGCGGCGGUAGAGGCGGAGUGAGGCGGCCUCAAACUAAGGUGGUGUACGACGACAACAGCGACGAGGAGGAUGAUAAUUUCAGCUACCGGUCAGACGAAGAUGAACUCUUGAACGACAACCCUUCGUCGGAUCUUGAAGAAGAGGAGGAGGCCUUGGGAAACGACUCUGACUAUCUGGAGGAACUACCAGAGGAGGAUGAUGCCAGCUACUGUACCGAGAGUAGUUUUAGGAGCCACAGCACGCUCGGGAGCACCCCAGGCCGAAGAAGGAAUCGGGCACUGCGACCACACUCUCCCAUUCUUGAGGCAAAGGACAUUCCUGCCUUGGAGCUUCCCAAGUCCUCUGAGGACCUCCUGGUUCCUACCUCACAGCUCCUCAAUGUGUCUGCCGUCUACGAGGUCCUACGCAACUUUGGCACAGUCUUGCGGCUCUCCCCGUUCCGCUUUGAGGAUUUCUGUGCAGCCUUGGCUAGCCAGGAGCAGUGCACGCUGCUGGCAGAGACCCACAUCUCCCUGCUCAAAGCUAUUCUCAGAGAGGAGGACACUUCCAACACCACAUUUGGUCCUGCUGACGUAAAGGACUCUGUUAACUCCACUUUGUACUUUGUCGAUGGUAUGACUUGGCCGGAGGUGGUGCGGGCGUACUGCGAGAGCGACCCGGAGUACCGGCACAUUCUGCCUUUCCAGGAGCGCGAGGAUUACCCCUAUGAACCGCUGGAUGGUAAAAUUAAAGUUCUUCAGUUUUUGGUGGACCAGUUCUUGGCGACCAACAUUGCCCGGGAGGAGCUGAUGUCGGAAGGCGUGGUUGCUUACGACGAUCACUGCAGGGUGUGCCACCGUCUCGGCGACCUGCUGUGCUGUGAGACGUGUUCAGCCGUUUACCAUCUGGAGUGCGUGAAGCCGCCGUUGCAGGAAGUGCCAGAGGAUGAGUGGCAGUGCGAGGUUUGUGUGGCGCACAAGGUACCUGGUGUGGCGGACUGCAUCCCAGAAGUGCAGAAGAGCAAACCGUUUAUCCGUCAACUACCGGUUGGAUACGACCGACACCACCGUAAAUACUGGUUCCUGAACCGCCGCAUUGUCAUAGAGGAGGAUGGUGAGCAGGAGGACAAAGCCAUCUGGUACUACAGCACCAAGGUCCAGCUGGCCGAGCUAAUAGACUGCCUGGAUAAGGAGUACUGGGAGGCCGACCUGUAUGCAGCCCUGGAGGAGAUAAGAGACGAGGUGCACAUGCAUAUGGACAUCACCGAGGACCUAACCAACAAGGCCCGUGGUAGCAACAAGUGUUUCUUCACCGCUGCCAAUGAGGAGAUCCUGGAGCGAUUGCGAGCCAAGAAGGAGGAGGAGCUGGAAGAGGUGAAAAGACGGGCUGCCGAGGAGGCUCAGAAAGCGAGGUUGGAGAAGGAGAAGAUGGAGAGCGAUUUGGAGAGGGAGGACGAAGACGCCAAGCUAAAGGGUGAGGGGCAGCAGGACAAGAUGAAAGAUCUGACAAGGGAAGAUGGGGAGCAGCGGGCGAGAGAAGAGGCUACAAAGGAGAGGGAUGCCGUCAAAACUGGAGUCGGUGAAGCGCCGCCCACUGGCCGAGAUGGCAGUAGUGGCAGUAGAAUCUCAGACGGGCCCGUACUCCCAGCUACCUGUUCUCCAACACAAACCACCACUAUGAGCUCUAGUGUGCCCACUGAGGCUUCAAAGCCCCCAGCCUCCACUGUAGAGGUUCGGAGAGACGGAUGUUCCCAUGCGGAGGUCUCUAACAACGCUCAAGCAGAAAACUCCAAUUCUGUCCCUGUCAGUGGAGAUGGCGUCCCCAGCCUAAGCCAACCCUCCCAGCCCAGCGAGGAGAACAGUAACAGCAGCAUAGGAACUGGUGCCCCUCCCAGGGUCCCUGAACCCCCCGACUUGGCUGACAAGUCCUCCCAGUCAUCCAUGGCAAGCUUCGAUGACGCAGGGGACGGUAAAGACUCAACCAACGGUGACACGGCAGGUCUCGGCAGCAAGAAGUCUUCCGCUACCCGCAUGGUGACCCGGCUGAGGAACCCGGACAGCAAGCUGAGCCAGCUGAAAAACCAACAGGUUGCAGCUGCUGUUCACGAAGCCAACAGGGGCUUCAAGGAGGGCAAAGAGGUACUGGUAGUAAAUGCCCAAGGUGACAUCACCCGUGUCAGCACACGCAGCAGCAAGGAGGUGGUCAUGAAGGGGACCAUCUGCCAAUACUUCAAGCUCGGUCAGGAAGGCAAAUACCGCGUCUAUCAUAACCAGUACAGCUCCAAUGCUCUGGCCCUCAACAAGCACCAGCACAGAGAGGACCAUGACAAGAGGCGGCAUCUCUCCCACAAGCUCUGCAUGACACCAGCAGGAGAAUUCAAGUGGAACGGGUCCAUCCACGGCUCUAAGGUGUUGACCAUCUCAACUUUGAGACUCACCAUCAUCCAGCUGGAGAACAAUGUUCCAGCACCAUUCAUGCACCCUAACUGGGCCUCACACAGGACCAAUUGGAUCAAAGCUGUUCAGAUGUGCAGCAAGGCCAGAGAGUUUGCACUGGCUCUGGCCAUCCUGGAGUGUGCCAUCAAGCCUGUGGCUAUGCUGCCUGUCUGGAAAGACUCACUGGGCCAUACCAGGUUGAACCGCAUGACAUCCAUGGAGCGUGAGGAGAAAGAGAAAGUGAAGAAGAGGGAAAAGAAGCUGGAGGAUGAGGAGACGUUGCAACAAGCCACCUGGGUCAAGUACACCUUUCCAAUUAAGCACCAGGUGUGGAAGCAGAAAGGAGAGGAGUAUCGUGUUACGGGCUACGGGGGCUGGAGCUGGAUUAGUAGGACUUAUGUGCAGCGCUUUGUCCCCAGGCUUCCCGGCAACACCAACGCCAACUACCGCAAAGAACUGGAAGAUGCUAAACUUGGCAAGAAAUGUACCCUCUUGGACUUGAGUCGACGGCCGAGUGUAGUCGCACCUGAAGCUCAGGGUGAGGCCGCCUUAAGCAGUGAGGCAAAAGAUCAAGACUCAUCGAGCCUCUCCAAGCCCGAUCAUCUGACGUCCGCUGAAGGUUUAGAGUCUAAUGAGCGGAUGGAAGAAGAAAAGAAAGAAGAGGUAGAUGAAAAAGAAAAAGAGGAAUCGUCAGCGGUAGAAUCGCCAGCAAAGAUGGAGGUGGAUCCCACAGACUCACCGUCAGAUGAAGAGCGAAGGUCCAGUGUUCACGAGGACAAGGCUUCCCUGAAAGAGGAGCCGACAGAAGACUCCCAGCGGCCCUUUAACUAUGAUGUCGUGGACGUCAGCAAGGGCUUCCUCACCCGCAUUGCCUACAAGAAGAAGGUCAAGUCCUCCAAGCUGGACAGCCUGCUGGAGCGCCGAGUCAAGCAGCACGUAAUCGAAGAGAGACAAAGACCGCAGGUGUCGGCCUCCACACCCCAGAGCACAACGCCCGUUUCCUCCACUUCAGCCCCAGCUCUGAGCACUCCGGUCCGGCCGCGGUCGCCACUCAAGCCGCACGCUCUCGCUCAGACACAGCUCGCACUGGGCGACGCUGUGAAAGUGGAGGAGAAAUCUUCCACAGCAGAAACUCCAGGGCCAGGAGAAGUUAGAGGACAAGAAGCAGAGCGGCAGAGUCCGUCUGAGCUCUCUAAAACUACAGAUAAAAUCGUCGCUCCUCUUCCUUCUCCUGUUUCGGACUCCACACCCAAAGACAGUUGUAGUACAGGUACAGGUGAAGACUCUGAUUCACCACAAAACCAAACCACCUCUAUGCCCCAAGAGUUAGAGGAAAACCUAACAGAAAGGACUACGGGGCCUAAAGAAACUAGUUCAGACAGUUCGUCGCAAGAGGGUGUCAAACUGCCCGAUGUGCAAGAAACAACAGCUGGGGGAAUUCAUAGCUCUUUAGAGCAACAAACAGCCUGUGUUGCAUCAGAUGUUACCAAGGCUGCACGUAUUGAAAAUACAGGGCCUGAGGUACCCAGCUUAAAAUUGGACACUGUAAGGACAUUUUCCAGUGUUCUCCAUCAAAACAGCAGUCAGAACACUUCUCCUGCUAAACUUACUCAGCAAAACCCAGAAACUUUAAGCUCAGUGCAUUCGGGCACAGAGGAAAAUGGCAUGGGGCCAGAGGAGAACCAAGAAAAUAUGCAAGGCACUGGACAUGGUAGAACCAUCGGUGACAGUACUCCUGAGCCAGAUUCUCCUCUCCCUCAGGUAAAUGGUAAUGAUGGCUUGGGUAGUGAAAGCAUUUUGAGUAACUCUGUAAUGAGCUCAAAUAAUGGUUUGCUCACCAACAAGCCCCAGCCCAAGGUGAACAGCAUCGGUAAAGUUGAACAACAAGGGCUGGUUGUCUCGUUGAAAGACGGCACACAGCAAAAGCCUUUGGUGAAUGGAGAUUUGGCCUCCGUAAAUGACCGUACGGAGGUUCGGGAAAAAGAACCGAGUCCAGUUUCUAAGGUAGAGGACAAGAUAACGUUGUUCGACCAGGAUUACAAACCUCCACUGAAGAUCUCAAGGCUGGAAAACAACAUAGACACGCAACACAACAGUGCAUCAGCUUUUCAAUCUGUGGCGACCAAACCCAGUUCUGGGGUCAAGAUCAUAAGGAUGGCCCCAUCUCCUAUACCUUCUGCGGAAGAGUCCAGCCUCAGCGACGACUUUGCAGAGGAGAACAGUAACAGCGGGACGACGGAACCUCUCAAAACCAUCAUCACCCAGGUAACCACGACCUCCACCACCACCACCACCACGGUAGUUUCCACUGAAAUGAGGAUAGCCAAAGGGCCAUCGAAAACAUCCGGAGAUUUGACGACGCCUGUGACGUCGACAACGGAGAGCAGCGCAGUGUCUACUCUUACCACCAUGACCAAAACAACUGUGACCAAAAUCUGUUCCUCCGGGCUCGACGGACAGUCGGAAGACAGCCAGAGCGAAACAGUCAAGCAAGAACAGAAAACGACGCUCUCUGCCUCCAUCAGCGAGUCAACGACUGGCACCGGCGGUAAAACCUCAGUGUCUUCAAUCACUGUGAGCCAGGAGGCCUCGUCGUCAACGAAGGGCCGAGUGCGCCUCCUCAAAUUCUCCCGCACCAAGAAGACGCGCUCGGACACAGCUCUUCCUUCUUACCGCAAGUUUGUCACCAAGAGCAACCGGAAGAGCAUUUUUGUGUUGCCUCAUGACGACUUGAAGGUGCUGGCGAGGCGAGGCGGAUUCCGCGAGGUGCCGGUGUUCAGCUACAAUGCCAAGCCGGCGCUGGAUAUCUGGCCUUAUCCUUCACCCAGGCCCACAUUCGGCAUCACCUGGAGGUAUCGGCUGCAGACGGUGAAGUCUCUGGCUGGAGUGAGCCUCAUGCUGAGGCUGCUGUGGGCCUGCCUGAGAUGGGACGACAUGGCCGUGAAACCAUCGGCUGCUGUCGGCACCACACGUACAGAGACGUCAGAAACCGAAAUCACCACCACCGAGAUCAUAAAGCGCCGGGAUGUGGGACCUUACGGCAUUCGCUCAGAGUACUGCAUCCGCAAAAUCAUCUGCCCGCUUGGAGUGCCUGAGACUCCAAAAGAAACCCACACCCCUCAGAGGAAGGGUCUGCGCUCCAGCGCUUUGCGCCCCAAGAAGCCUGAACCCGCCAAGCAGACUGGUCCAGUGGUGAUUGAGACCUGGGUGGCUGAAGAGGAACUGGACCUCUGGGAAAUUAGAGCCUUCUCAGAAAGGGUGGAGAAAGAGAAAGCUCAGGCAGCAGAGCAGGCCAAGAAACGUCUCGAGCAGAAACCAGGCUCCAUCGCAGCCACGCCAGCAGGGACUCCUGCAAUUCCUGCCGUCACGCCCAAAGUCAUCGUGGGUUCGCUGUCGGGCCAGGGCACCCCCAGCACCAAGGUGGUACUGUCCACCAAGAUGGGCACCCCCGUCACAUUCCAGCAGAACAAGAACUUCCAGCAGUCAUUUGCCACCUGGGUCAAGCAGGGUCAAAGCACGCAAGGAGCGGGCACGGAGACCACCGUGGCCACAUCUGGCGGGCACACUUUCCAGAUUACAGGAACUUCAGCCUGCGGAAAGGUUGUGACCACCAAGCUGCCGCUACCCGCCAACAGCAAGAUCGUCACGGUCAACGUGCCAACUUCACAAGGAGGUGUGGUUCAGCAGAAAGUGUUGGGUAUCAUCCCAUCCAGUACAGCAGGCGGUGCCCAAACCUACACCACAUUCCAGCCCCGCACCACCACGCUCAACAUCAGGCCCAACACACCAGGCUCCCAACAGCAGGUUCUGGCAGGUGGUGGUCAGAUCCGUCCAGGAAUGACAGUGAUUCGAACCCCAAUCCAGCAGACAGGAGCGAUGGGAAAGACGAUACUCCGAACACCCCUCGUGGUCCAGCAAGGUCAGGGUGGGCAGCAGGUAGUGACACAGAUCAUUCGCGGCCAGGCAGUUUCCACGGCAGUGUCUGCUGCCAGCCCGGUCGCCACAGUCACCGGUCAGGGAGUGGCUAGCCCCAACGCAGCUGGACAGGCAGCUGGCCAAACACCACCCGGCACCCCACGGGCUCAGGGGCAGGGCCAGGUUAAACUCACCCUGGCACAGCUCACCCAACUCACACAGAAGCAGCAGGCUGGGUCGGCGGUGGAUCGACAGGCUGGAGUUGGUGGGACGCAGCAGGCGCUGACGGUGAUGGUUCAGGGACAGGGUCAGACCACCGGCCAGCUGCAGGUCAUACCUCAUGGGGUCACCGUCAUUCCAGGACCCGGACAGCAGCUCAUGCAGGCGGCGCUGCCCAACGGCCAGGUGCAGCGCUUCCUCUUCACCCCGUUAGCCUCAGCUGCCACGCCCACGUCAAGCACAGCCUCCACGGUUCCCAGUCAGCCCAGCUCCACCUCCACCAAAACCCCAGCUCAGCCGGCACAGCAGGCCGCUGCCCCCAUCCAGGCGGGGGCGGCCCCGCUACCUACCAGCACCCCGCCCUCGGCCACCCCUCAGGGCCAGCUACCGCCUCAGACACAGGCCCACAUGCCCAUCCAGUCUCCCACCUCGCUGCAGGUCAAAACAAAGGGAGGAAACACCCAGUUGCAGCUGCAGCAGACGCCUCAGCUCAUCAGUGUGUCUGGACUGCAGCAGCAGGUACAGGUGUUGGCCCAGCUGCAGACCCAGCAGGGUGGAGGCUCUCUGCCACAGCACAUCAAACUGCAGCUCCCCAUCCAGAUCCAACAGAGCGGGACCGCCUCAGCUCAGGGAGGACAGAUUGGAAACGUGGUUACCAUCCAGGCAGCGUCGGUGCAGGAGCAGCUGCAGCGGAUCCAGCAGCUCCGAGAGCAGCAGCAGCAGAAGAAGAGGCAAGCUGCAGAAGCAAAGAGAGAGCUGGCUCUCAGCUCAGCCAGCCAGAGCGACAUCAUUCAGAAACAGGUGGUCAUGAAACAAAACGCUGUGAUCGAGCACCUGAAGCAGAAGAAGACCAUGACGCCUGCAGAGAGAGAGGAGAAUCAAAGGAUGAUUGUAUGCAACCAGGUGAUGAAGUUCAUCCUCGACCGGAUAGACAAAGAUGAGAGACAGGCAGCCAAGAGAAAGAAGAAGGAAGAGGUGGUGGAGGCAAAGAGGAGGUUGGCCAACGCCAGUAAGCUCUCCUCGCUUCUUUACCGACACAAGGAAAGCCUCAAGAUGGAGAUUCUUAAGAAGAGGGCGCUUCUCGACAAGGAGCUGCAGUUAGAGGCGCAGGAGGAGCUAAAGAGGGACCUGUUGCGGAUGCGGAGGGAGAAGGAAAGGGCUCAGGCCGCCGCCCAGCAGGCAGCUCAGGCCGCCGCUGCCGCCGCCGCCGCCGCAGCCCACAACCAGCAGCAGCAGAACCUGGCACACAUCGCCUCUCAGCACCACCUCACCACGGCUGUCACCUCCUCACACAAGAGGAAACGGGAGGAGGAGAGGGAUCUGGCAACGUCGGCCAAGUCCAAGAAAAAGAAAAUGAUCUCCACGACGAGCACGAAGGAGAGCAAGAAGGACACCAAGCUCUACUGCAUUUGCAAGACGCCCUACGAUGAGACCAAGUUCUAUAUCGGUUGCGACCUGUGUACCAACUGGUAUCACGGAGACUGUGUGGGCAUCACAGAGAAGGAGGCCAAGAAAAUGGACGACUACAUCUGUGUGGAGUGUAAACGGGGCCAAGAAGGCAGCACCGAGGAGCUGUACUGCAUCUGUCAGACGCCGUACGACGAGUCCCAGUUUUACAUCGGCUGCGAUCGAUGUCAGAACUGGUACCACGGUCGCUGCGUGGGGAUCCUGCAGAGCGAGGCCAACCACAUCGACGAGUACGUGUGUCCGCAGUGCCAGUCGACGGAGGACGCCAUGACGGUCUUCACGCCGCUCACCGACAAGGACUACGAAGGCCUGCGAAGAACCCUGCGUUCAUUACAGGCACAUAAAAUGGCGUGGCCGUUCCUGGAGCCGGUGGAUACGAAUGACGCCCCGGAUUAUUACAGGGUUAUCAAGGAACCAAUGGACCUUUCCACCAUGGAGGAGAGGUUACAGAAACGCGAGUACGUCAAACUGACGGAGUUUGUAGCAGACAUGACCAAAAUCUUCGACAACUGCCGCUACUACAACCCCAGCGACUCGCCCUUCUACCAGUGUGCCGAGGUUCUGGAGAACUUCUUUGUCCAGAAGCUCAAAGGCUUCAAAGCCAGCAGGUCACAUAACAACAAGCUACAGUCAGCAGCCUCUUAGCUCCCUCCUUAAAAAAAAAAAAGAAAAAAAAUACAGGCAUCAAAAAGUCAAGCCUUGUGGUUUCCUCUGAAUCAUUAAGACUCGUGGUCCAAGUCAGGCUGCGUCUCAACCUGAGUCCUCUCUGGAGGAGAACGGGCCUCUCCCAACACUGGUGCCCCACCUCCAACACCUCCAUUGCAGUGCUAAGGGGAAAGAAGUGAAUUGAAAAGCCCCGAUUUUCAUCCAAAGUGUGAGUGGGACUUAAUGACAGAGAAGUCCCACCUGCAGACCAGGGGCAGCAGCAGCAGCAGCAGACUCUUGUUUGGCAGCCUCUCACAUCCCAACCAGCCAUUCCUACCAGAGCAGCCCCUCCGCGAGAAGAAAGACGGCAGAAGACGAGUGACACGUUUGGCUGGUUGGAUGCUCAGUGACAGACUCCUAAAGUUCAUUCUGUAGCUGAUUUUCUGUGUAUUCUAUAUAGCAAAGUGUCAGCUUUUUGUUCUUCCCACUCAGAGGUUCUUUACUUUCAUCCAUUCAUGACUCCGACAUCUCAUUCAAGGUUAGUCCCCGCAUCCAGUCACAAGCUAAAUAUGCAGAAUGUGCAGGCUUCAGUUCAUUAUUGUCAAAUUUAACGACUGCAUUUUGUUGGUGCUGAAGGAGCGUAUGUCAGUACUUGUCCAUCAACUGGGGGGAAAAAAAAAGAAGUACCCCCAUGAAACCAGUCAGCUCCGGUUUAUUGAGCUAGCAUUGGAUGAACACUCCCCCUAACUCCAACGGACCCAAUUAUUUUGACCUCAUUAUUUUGGUUUUACCCUCAGGUGUGCGGCCCGACGUGAAGCAUGAAUCAGCCUCAUAAAACGCACUUCGACUUUAAAUGCGUCCGUCAGGGCUGCACAGUUUCGCUGCACAUUCCCUUUUCAGAGUAAUGCCGAGAUGAUCCAUUUGUAAGAGGAGCUAGAUUUCUGAAAAGUAGCUUGAUAGCAGCUUCGCCGUCGACAGCUUAGGUAAUCCGAGGGGGUUUUCGUUUCGUUCUGAGGCCUGCAGUGCUUUCAUGUCAGUUUCCAGAGGGGGAAACACCCAGGAUAGGCCAUCCCACCCACUGCAUCCUGCCCUUCGUUUGACCUUUUUUAAACUUCUGAAGUGCGAGUGAAAAAUGUCAAGUAGGUCUUCGCCCCCUUAAACUCGGCUAUUUGAAGGAGGUAAAGGAUCACAAUAGAGGAUGGGAGAGUGUUGGGCCUUUAGGGAAGGUGAAACUUGUACAAGGCACCUACAAGUACUGUACCUCCCUCCAUAUAUACUGUACACCGACUCAUCAGAGCUCCGUGUCUGUUCCUGUCAGUGGCUGAGUCUGUCUGUAAGUCUCUCCCUUCUUAUCUUUCAGCCACUUCUUCCAGCAUAUUUCACUGAAGUUGACAGGUUGGCUCACAUAUGUCUCUCAACUCACCCUCCAAGCAUGGUUAAGUAAUUGGAUAAUGGACUUUUCCACUCAGCAUCAACUCAGUUAUGUUGCGGUCUGCGGCAGCAUGUCUGGGAGUAAACUUUGAGCGGGGGACUGGGGAGUCUUUGUACCGUUGGGGUUUGUACGAAAAUUUUAUAGCUGCAUUUUUAGCAUAACUGGGAGCAUUUUUGUAAUUUGUGAUUAUCAGUUUUGUAGGAGGGGUACAGUUAUAAGACACAGCUACAGCUGUUUUUAAGUUAAAUGUUCAAAACCAGUUUAGAAUCCGGCAAACAUUUCACUUUUAAUCGCAGAGUUUUUACAUUUUUGUGUGUAGAAGCAGAGUUGAGAGAUAAUGUAGCUUCUGUCUUCUUCUCUGUGUUUGUAUGUCUUUCACGAAAAGUGUCCGUCACUUUGUAAUCUCAUGAUGAUGUGCUUUAUCCACUGUUUGUAAUCUCUAUUGUAUAUUAUUGCUGUCCAAAUAUGUAGAGAUGAAAAAUUUUUAGAGCAGUAGAAACUUUUAUUUUUCACUAUUUGAACCAGCAACUAAGCCCGCCUGUAAAUUUUAACUGUAUUUUUUCUCUUUAAUUGAAGUGAACUCUACAUUUAGUUGAAAUUGCCCUUUAUAUUAAAAGUGCUGCAUAUUGUGAGCAUAAAGGUUUUGAACGGGGCAGAGUGACACAGUAACUCUUGUACAGAGUUUUUUCUUUUUUGUAAGAAACCAACCAGUUCAGCAUAACUUCUAUAUGGACAUUGCAUUUUCUUGUAUUAUUUAUUCAUAUCAAUGAAAAGUUCUCAGUUUUUUGAGUAAUGUUGAAGAAACGUAACUGCAGAUAAAAAAGUACUCUAUGUUUUUAACAGAUUGUGGCAACUGAAGAGAUUCUCUUUUGUACUUGAUAGGACAUUUCAUCCUAGAUAAUAAAGUAAUGUUUUUGACACCA